AUGGCCCGGCCGGAGCCAUGGAAAGAGCUGGCCCGCGACACAUUGCCGCCUGAGAAAGGCAGUGAGUGCCGCAGGCACCUCCACCUGUGGAGAGACUUCGUGCGGCAUUUGCUGAGCAGCAGAGGCAUCAUCGGAGCCGUGGAUAGGGCCGUGGUCGGCGACACCUGCAAGGCAUGGGCCACAUGCACAGAGCACGCUGACUUGCAGGGGGCCAAAGAUGCAAGAGGGAGGCAGGCUCGGCACCACACCUUUUACAUCACUUUGACACAGAAGAUCAGCUUGGCAGAUGACCCAGAGUGGGAAGCUUGCGUCUAUGAGCGGGGCACAUGUGCUGGAGCUACUGCUCGUGUUGUGCGCGGGCAGACCGUGCGUCAGAGGCUGACUGCGCAGCGCAUCGCCCAUCUGACGCCUUCGCAAGGCUUGGCGUCCCUGCUCGCAGAUGGCACGGAUCGCAGAGAUUUGCCUGGAUUGCGGACAGUAGAAGCUGCCAGGCGGCGUCUCAAAGCCGUCCGCGCCAAAAGACGAGGGGAUGCCAAAGCGCAUUGUUCGCCCACCGUGCUGAGGCUGGUUGUGGAGGCUCGGAACUCCUCCAAUUCUGGGGUGCAUUAUCGAGCUCUGCAGACCGAGGGCGUUGCCGCGACCGUGUUCAUUUUGGAGGAAGAGGUCAGGGCAAUCAGAAAGUGGGUGGAUGAGGGGGGCAGCCUGAUCUGGUCGGAGGACGCAACCUACAAGAUGAACUGCUCCGGUUGGUGCCUGAGCACUAUAGCCUGCCCCGCGCUCCAUCUCACCGGUGGGCUUUGGAGGACGACGGAGCUUUCAUUGGGCCAUGCCUGGACCCCGAAGGAGAGCGCGGCUUUCUGUGGGGACAUCAAGGAAGCGAUCCUGGGCAUCUACGAGGAGCGCGGGCUGGACCUCCGAAGGCACGUGCAGGCUGCCUUCUACGACAACUCGCCCGCACAAAGAGCCGCCCAUCGCGCGCAGCUCCAGGGUGUCCCCUACCGCAGGGAUCUUCGGCAUCAGGUUGCAGCUUGCCGGCGCAGGAAAGGGCCUUUGUCGCGAGGAUUGAGUGCUUGGGCGCAGAAGUCGGCCUUCUACCCGCCGUUGGUUUUCGACCUUGCCGCGCAGGCCCUCCUGGACCGCCUGCGGGUGAAGGAAGAGUAUGACUGGAUGUCUUACUUGACUGACGUGGCCUUUUCCAAGCAGGGCCAGCUGUGGUCUGCUGAGUGGCAGUGCUGCAUAGCUGUCGCCCGGCCAGGGUUUACGCCUGCAAGCGUGGGCCAAUCCAAGGAGUCGCAGUGGGCCGCUUUGAAGCGGUGCACUGGCAACCUAGCCAACACGGAUCUGGCAACGGCUGCGCCGGAGGUGGAACUGGCUCUGUGCGCGCUGAUGCACGAGCGGAACACCCAGGCUGGCGGGGACUUGGUGGCCACUUUGCGCUCUGCUCCAGAUCGGCCUGCGCAUCAACUGCUUUCGGGGAGCUCUCGGCCAGCAUCCCGCGCGGAGGACCCUUUUCUGAGCUCUGACAGCAUGGGCCAUCAGCAAUGGGCGAAAUCGGCUUGGCAGUUUGCGCAGAGGGCCCCGUGGAACUUCCACCGAAUCGAUCAGGAGCUGAUGGACUUUGACAGACACUAUGUCAUGUGGAAGUACGAGCCAAGCCACCAGGUGGACCAGAAGACAGCUGAGGCCUUUGCUGCUUUCAUGAGGGCUGAAACCAAGCCAGAAAUCCUCUGCGCCGCCAAAAAACUUCACAUUGUCAAAGAUGAUGGCUCCGUGUCCUUGGCCAUGCUGGAAGAGAUCGUGCAGGAGCUUGUGCUUGUCAGCCGGCCGCGCACCAAGCGCGUGCAGCAAGAGGACUGCUGGGGGCUGCCCUACCUUUGCUCUUGCUCCACGUUUGCAUGCCGGGGGCAAUGCGAACAUGAUCUCUUCGUGCAGUGGAUUGAGGGCACCGGCGCGGUAGAGUUCCACAGCUUGCAGGACUUCACCCGGACCGACAAAGUGAUCAAGUGCAUGCCGCAGCCAGCUGGCAGGCCAUGUGAUGCGCCAGGCGCAUGGGAAACAAUACAGGCUGUGCAACAGAAGAGGGACAAGGCCAGAGCCAAAGCAGCGCAGAAGAAGCGCAAGGCCCGGGCGGCGCAGUCAGCUGCCGAAGAUGCUAUUUGGACUCCGCGCAAGGCGGCCAAAACUGAGGAGGCGGACAAGACCGUUGCUGGCAUGCUGGCAGGUCUGACCCAUGCCGCCUUCAUGAGGCACUACGAGGCACUGAUCAAAGUGGGCAAGGCAAAAAUGCCGCUGGGGGAAGCUUUGGCGAGUGGUGUCGCCAAAGCUGUGCACGCGUUGCACGGCGAUGCCAG